AUGGUGAGAUGGGAUACAGAAGCAAUCAAUCGACUUCCUUAUUACUUGCAAUUGUUUUAUUUGGUUAUCCACAACUUUGUUUUCGAGCUAGCACACGACAUUCUUAAAGAAGAGGGUGUCAUCAAUCUCUCAUAUCUACAGAAACCGUGGGUGGAUUUGGUUGAAGCAUAUUUACAAGAGGCAAAGUGGUACUAUAGUGGAUACACACCAAGCAUGGAAGAAUAUCUCAAUAAUUCUACCAUUUCGAUAGGAGCUCCUACUGUAAUAGCCCAAGUUUUUCUUACAUCCAAAAACCAGCUGUAUAAAUACAACCAAAUAAUUCGUCUUUCGGGGAUGCUUGUACGGCUUCCAGACGAUCUAGGAACAUUGCCGUUUGAGAUGAAGAGAGGGGACGUGGCGAAAUCAAUGCAAUGCUACAUGAAGGAGCGAAACGCAAGCAUGGAAGAGGCGGAGGAACACGUGAGGUUUGUGAUAAGGGAGGCGUGGAAGGAAAUGAACACGGCCGGUGGUUGUCCGGUUAGGGAUGAUUUUGUUGAGGCAGCAGCUAAUUUUGGAAGAGCGGCACAGUUUAUGUGUAUGCACACACGUUCUAAAGGCUUGCCUCUAGAACCUUUCGAUUCGGAGAUCGAAGCAACAAACCGGAAAAGGAACUCCUAUAGGAGACUCACACAGAAAAUUCAAGCUUCGUCACCUAACCGCACAGGAGCACCUUCAGAUCAGAGGGAUCUUUCACCCAUCCGAUACCAGUUCAGGACCAUAUUCUAUUUGAUCCCGUCUCUCCUAGUCUGA